AGGAGAAUAAAUUGUUAUUAUUAAACAUCAAACAUCGAUUGAUAGGAAGCAUUUUAAUAUACGCUUUAAGGACAAAUCCAUGACAUGUUCAACAUUUCAAUUAAUAUCAAUUUCCUGUUCGUGGAGAUCAAUUUAAAUCGUUAGUAUUUUAUCGUGUCUUUGAACCAUUUUAAUUGCUUUAUUGAAGAAUUUAAAAAUUAAUUUCUGCAGCAGUCAGGUCGCAAAAUCGUUCAGAAUAAUGUUUAUUAUCCUAAUCAAUAAUUAACUCCGUCAGUGCUCACUAGAGCCGACAUGGAUGACUUUUAGUGUUUUAAACCUUGUUUGAUAAUCUGCAAAAGACACAAUGAACCAAUGAAUCCUCUAAAUUUAGAAACUAACAUGUUGACUCCAGUCCAUCAUGUGGCUUCAGCGCGCGGUUAUUUAACGAAUAAAUGUCAGUGUUUUUUUAUAAUAAUUCAUUUUCGCAACAAUAUCACAGAUUAUAGUCAUUCAGGCAAAAGAAAUAAACUCAAAUGCAGAUCCGGGGAAAAAAAAUACCACCGCUGCUUCUUAGAACGACGUAAACGCCUCACAAAUUAAAUUAAUUUAACUGACUAGACUUCCAUUAAUUCAGGUGUCCGACUAUCUCAGAGCGCAGAUAAAAGUUCCCUUCUUCUCUGCACAUGUGAGACGCCUGCCUCACACUGUGAGCGGACAGCCAUUGAAAAGGCAAAUGCGCCAACUAGUGUCCGAAAGCAGCAUGGCGGAGGAUCUGCAGGGUGUGCCGUCAUUUUGAUGUGACGCUUAUAUCAUUUCAGGUUUCUAAUGAAUUCAGCCUCUGGCACGCACGCACACGCGUACACACACACACACACACACACACACACACACGGUUGUGUCUUUUGAUGUGGAGGAAACCUAUUUGCCUGUUUGCUUUAAUUCUCUUAUUAAUUCAGCUCAGCCAAUUAAAGUGAUAGGGAUCUGCCUUCUACCUAUAAUUUCACUUGAUGAAAGUGCUAUUUACCUAGAGAGGAGGUGCGAAGCCGCCAGAUAUAAUAGCUUUUUUACAAAAAGGAAUAAAUGAGAGUAAAACCACAGGCCUCUGCAGUCUAAAGCCUUCCUUAGAUAAAUGAUAAACAGCUCAAGAAAAAAAAAAAAUGGAUCAGAGAUGGCGCUGUGACACACCAAUGUGAUAAAGGUGCACUUUAUACAUUAUUUUAUCAAUUAAACUGCAUGUGAGGCUGACAAUUCCUAACAACACUUGCUUUGCACUAAACUACAAUACAUUAUUUUACGAUUUAAUCCAUCACGUUGAAUAUCUUACACAUUUAUAAUUAAUGUAUGUAAUACCAACGGUGCUUAUGUUAUUAACUAUAAUUAAAAAUGUCCAAAUAAUACAUUUUUCGCCCAGCUCUGUAAAAAAAACAUCUCCCUUAUUUUAACUCACUGUCUCCUAAUUUCUGUCUGCAUCGCGUUAACGUCGGUCUAAAAAAAAAAAAAAAAAAAAAACACGAGCAGAGAGAAAAGCACAGAUAUGUAUCAAUAAUUCAGCUGGUGUGUGCGUGUGCGUGCGUGUGCGUGUGUGACAACAGCACAGGGUUUGAGGAAGGAGCACCGGGGAGUUUGAUUGGCCUGGUGAAAGCCCAACCCAGCAGAUUCAUUGGUGGAAAUCCUCUCCACACUCCCAACCACUAAACACUAAAAUGACUCGGGUAAAAUAAUAUCGCGGCACUCUGCACUCCGUCCAGCCUCGCGGCUCCUGCUCGCGCCCCGAAAACCCCUGCGCUAAAGGAUAACUUUUAAAGGGAAAUUCAGCUGGAAGCGACGGAACAUCUCCCUCUUGUAACAGAGUGACGUUGGCUGUUUUUGUUGUUGAGGGAAGCGAUCCAACGAGGAUAAAGUUGCAAGAACUUUUACACGCAAGAAAAAGGACACUGAUGUACUGCAAGUAGUUGGGCUGUAGAUAUUCGGGCUUGAAACAUUUAGUUUUUUUCCAGAGGAGUCUGGUGAGAUCUGAAGAGGCGUCUGGCAAAGUUUGGCUGUUCGGUCGACUCAUUAUCAUACUUUUAAAAACGUUAAACCGAGAAAGCCAGUCAACUGGAUUGUCGAACUUUCUGCAUCGCGGCUGGAUUACCCGAUUACCGUUGACAGAUUGCCACUGAUCGGCAAUAAUAUAUUUAGAACUUUCAUUGGCUCGUUGUAGAUUUCAAAGUAAGAGCUCAAGCAGUUGGCAGUGUUGAUAUACUGUGUACACGCGGCUGAAACUGUCCAUCAAGUGUGCCACGGAUAACAGCGAUAUCAUCAUAUUUUUUUGUUGAAGUUAGUAUAAAACAGAGCAACUCUGAUGUUCCUCGGGCUGUCACAUCCUGUGCAGAUGAUCGAGCACUCAGUCAUCAGAGUUGAAUAGUUUCUGUUAAGGUCGCGAGGCUCUCUUCACUCAGACUCGGUGCGCUCUCGCCUCCAUCCUUUGCGCUCACACAGUGGACCCCUGAGACCACCAGCGUCCGGAGGAAAACAAAAACAAAAACUGGUUUUCUCCCAAAAAAGAGUCCUGCUCUUCCGAUACAACCCGGUCAGGUGGCACUGACCCAAACUGUUGUGAUGCAUAUUCCCGUAGAGCCGCCCACCACCAGACGGUUCACGCCGCCCUCCACGUCCUUCCCCUGUAAACUUGGAGACGGCAACGGGGCCAUGGCCACCCCGGGGCCCCUCAGGUCGAGAUCUGACUCCAGGAACGUGGUGGACGUCCUGGCGGACCACGCGGGCGAGCUGGUCAGGACCGACAGCCCCAACUUCCUCUGCUCCGUCCUCCCGUCUCACUGGAGGUGCAACAAGACGCUCCCCGUGGCGUUCAAGGUCGUGGCUCUGGGUGAUGUCCCCGACGGGACUCUGGUCACCGUGAUGGCCGGGAACGACGAGAACUACUCGGCCGAGCUGAGGAACGCCUCCGCCGUGAUGAAGAACCAGGUGGCCCGCUUUAACGACCUGCGCUUUGUGGGCAGGAGCGGACGAGGAAAGAGCUUCACUCUGACCAUCACCGUGAUCACCGGACCGCCACAAGUGGCCACUUACCACCGCGCCAUCAAAGUCACCGUGGAUGGACCCCGAGAACCACGCAGGCACAGAGUGAAGAUAGAAGACCCCCAGAAGAUGCAGUUCUCGGACAGGCUGUCAGAGAUCGAGCGCUACCAGCGGUCUAUGCGGAUAGGCCCGGUGAACAAUAAUCCCCGCCCCAUAUGCACCACACAAGCUCAUUACAAUCCUAGUGCUCACCUAUUGUUCAUAUUGUCUGUUACACCAGCCCUGUGGCAGGAGCAAAUGGAUGCCCCCGCUCUGAAGACAUGCAAGGUGGAAGAGGACCUGAGACCAUGGCCAGGGUCUACAGACCUCUUCAACCAGAGGACCACCUUCCCGUCUCUGUCGCCGCUGACUGACCCCCGCUUCUCAGACCCCCGCUUCUCAGACCCCCGCAUAAACUACCCGGGGGCCUUCCCCUACUCCACCAACACCUCCAGCACCGGCAUCAGCGGCCUCAGCAUGUCAGCCUCCUCUAGAUACUAUCUGCCGCCACCCUACGCAAACAACCAAAGCCAGAACUUCCAGUCCAACUCCUACCUGUAUUACGGCACGGGCUCCGGAUCCUACCAGUUCUCCAUGGUGGCGCCGGGGAACACCGGGGGAGAGCGCUCCCCCACCCGCCUGCUGUCCUGCUCGGGGGCCGCGGGCGCCGGAGGGACCAACAGCCUGAUGAACCCGGGCCUGAACAACCACAGCGAGGGCGUGGAGGCCGACGGCAGCCACAGCAACUCCCCCACUGCCAUGAGCGCCUCGGGCCGCUUGGAUGAGUCCGUCUGGAGGCCUUACUGACUGACAGACGGCUAGACAAUCAGAGGGUGCAGGAGAGGUGAGGGAGGAAAUGUAAAAGAGGAUGAUGAACAAAAAAACAUGAACACUGAAAGCCCAAAAAAAAAGAAGCAAAAAAAAAAAUAUAGAAAUGCUGCAUGUUUGUCUUUUAUUUCUUCGGCACUCGCUUUAAAGACUUUUACCAAAUCUCUCCAGACUUCCAUGUAUUUUGUACAUUUUGAGUAAACUCCUGCACUGUGCUAAAACAUGUACUCUUAAAAAA